AUGUCAUACAAAGAAUUCCACAUCACCGAACAACCCGGUUGUCACCACUACCACGUAACAGCCACAGACAUCACCGGCGAUACGCAAUCAUUUUUCCUCGAAAACUCACCCUUUGACAAAUCCCAGCCCGACCUACGCAUGCACCUAGGGCUCGAUGCAACGGGCGCCGUCAUUGGUGAAUCGCGAUACAAACGCUUCUCGCAAGAUUGCCAAAUCUCGCUCGUCGAGAAUGACCUGCUAUACGCCGACAAUCUAGACAACGAUGGGGUGCAAGUCACUCUGUCCAAAAAGGGAUAUUUGUCACCCAGAUAUGCAUUCCAGACAAGUCUAUAUGGUGAAAUGGGUCGAUUCUUAUGGAAGAAGACACGUUCUUUGGGGAAGCAUGCUACGCCACUGGGGAAUUUGAAAUUAGUCAAAGAUUCUAGUGAUGAACCCCUGGCGAUAUUUUCGUCGAACUCGUAUUCGUUGGUUCCUGGGUGCGUUGAGAUGUGUGGGGAGUUUGGAGAGGAGUUUGAUCGGUUGGCUCUGUUGACGGGGGUGUCGGUUCGGGAGAAGCAACGUCGGUCACGGAGUAGGCAGAUGAGGCAUGCGGGGGAUUAUGCGUUUACAUCGGGGGUCGGGUUGGGAAUGGGACUGGGUGCUGGCGGUGGCGGUGGAGGCUGUUGA